GCAGCUGGAUCCGGUUGGCUGAGGAAACUGGCCAGUCUGGUGAGGUUCCAGCGGCUGCCCCGCCCUCUGGGCCGACCGGCGGGCUGAGAAUAGCUGACUCCAGAGCUCUCGCUCAUGUGACCACCACAGCUUUCUGCUCUGCUUCUUGUCCACAGCCAGGGUGGGCACGGGCAGGGCCGCUUCUGUGAGGAGCACGAGGUCCAGCCCCCCGGAGUUUCUCCUGCCUCCCGCCUGCUGCUCAUCCACCUGCUCCUGCCAUGGGGAACCUUGGGGCCUUCCUCUUCCUGUUGGGGGCCCUGGGGGCUCUUGCUCAGAUCUGUGUCAUACCACAGAUGGACAGUCAGCUGGUAGAGAGGCUUGGCCAGCACCUCUUGCCCUGGAUGGACCGACUCUCCCAAAAGCACCUGAACCCCAGCAUCUAUGUGGGUCUGCGCCUCUCCAGCUUCCAGGCUGGGACCAAGGAAGACCUCUACCUGCACAGCCUCAAGCUUGAUUAUCAGCGGUGCCUCCUGGGGCCUGCCACCAGCAAUGACAACAGUGACUGCCAGACCAAGCCUUCCAUGGGCCAGCUGGCCCUCUACAUGCUCGCUCUCAGGGCCAACUGUGAGUUCGUCGGGGGCCACAAGGGGGACAGGCUGGUGUCACACCUCAAGUGGUUCCUGGAGGAUGAGAAGAGGGCCAUUGGACACAAUCACAAAGGCCACCCCCAUACCAACUACUACCAGUAUGGCCUCAGCAUCCUGGCCCUAUGUGUCCACCAGAAGCUGGUCCAUGACAGUGUGGUGGGCAAGCUCCUGUAUGCUGUGGAACACGACCACCAGGACCAUCUCUCUGUGGACACAGUGGCCAUGGCAGGCUUGGCCUUUACCUGUCUGGAGCGCUCCUACUUCAACCCUGAUCUGAGACAGCGGAUCACCACUGCUAUUGGGACAGUUCGAGAGAAGAUCCUGAAGACUCAGACCCCUGAGGGCUACUUUGGGAAUGUCUACAGCACCCCACUGGCACUGCAGUUGCUAACAUCCUCCCCAAUGUCUGGGGUGGGGCUCAGCACCGCAUGCCUUAAGGCGGGGGCAGCUCUGCUGGCCAGCCUGCAGGAUGGAACCUUCCAGAAUGCUGUCAUGAUUUCCCAGCUGUUGCCUGUCUUGAACCACAAGACCUAUGUGGAUCUCAUCUCCCCAGACUGCCAGGCACCAAGAGCCCUGUUGGGACCAGCUCCUGAGGACCUCUCAUUGACCCACAUCCCAGAGGUCAUCAGCGUCACGCUGAAGGUCCCCAGCAUUUUGCCACCAUACAAACAAGCCAUCUCUGUUGCGGCUGGGUCCUCCUUGGAAGACGUUCUGAAGAAGGCGCAGGAGCUAGGAGGAUUCACGUAUGGAACCCAGGGCUCCUUGUCGGGUCCCUUCCUGACCUCUGUGAUGGGGAAGGUGGCUGGGGACAGAGAAUUCUGGCACCUCCUCCAAGCCCCUGACACCCCUCUGCUGCAAGGUAUUACUGACUACAGACCACAGGAUGGAGAAACCAUUGAGCUGAGACUGGUUAGCUGGUAGCCCUGGGCUCUCCCAUCCCAGCAACCUAGAACACUCCCUGGGCUUCUGUCUUCUUUCCUGAUGUCCUGGCACCCGCACUUGCCUGACCCUGCAGCCACCUCCUGUGAAUUUGGAGCAAUGUCUCCCAAAUCACUUCAUCUACCACCCCUCAAGGAUCUAAGCCACGGCCCGAGCUGGAGCAGGGAGCCCAGCACCUCCCCUGGGAAGCCUGGCCCCGAAGGCCUCAGGAAGUCUGUCUGCCCCAUGGUCUGAAGGACAUGUGGCUCUGACUCCUCAGCAGAGGAGGAGAGGAAGUGUGUCGGCCACAGUAUUGUGAGUACCACUGCUUUGGGAUUGGGGUCCUGCAAGGAGGCCUCUGUGGCCCCGGGGCUGGAAUCCUGAACCCACAUCUCCACUCUGUUGUCAUGUGGUGGCCCUGGAGCUGGUUGUGGUAAAGUGGCUGGUGAGGCCUCGGCAGGGCUGCUCAAUGCCCACCUCUGAAAUGAUUAAAGUCUUGAUUGUCUGAG